AUGAAAUUAAGAAUCGUAAUCAAUGUAUUAUUCAUCUUACAAAUUUUUCGCGCUGCCAUAUUAUCUGAGGGAGUUCUUAAGAAAAAUAUCAAACACAAAUCGAGAGAAUUUUCAAGGAUUCACACAUCUGGACAGAAGAAUGGUGACUUAAGAGAAAACUACGUCUUGAAGAAGACGUCUGACAAAGUACACUUAGCAGGGAGCAUGUCAAGGUAAGGGGAACAUUACAUGAUUUAUUUUUAGUUUUAAAAGUGUCCUAAAGGGUUGUUUCAGACUUGCACUAAAAGGCAAUUUACUGUCAACGUUUUCGCAGUUUUCUGUGCAAAAAAAAAAAGAAAUAAUGAAGUACUUACCGUGUCGCAAUUUGGCAUUCUAGGCCGUGGAAUAAGAUCUCUGCCAUCCAACAGGAUAACGAGUUGCUAUGUUGAAUUACAGUCUCUUCAUCAGAGGGUUACUCCCAAAAUGCGUUUUGUCGGCAGAGGAAAAACAACCACUUAAGAUUAAUGGAAUAUGAGCGAUUUUUAAAUUUUGGAGCAUUUGAAGUGUUUGUUGACUUUAAAGUAACCAUAUCUUCCACCUGACGUGACUAUUGUUGGCCUAUCUUCUCAACAGACAUAGAUCGCUGACCUGUGGUAAAUGGCACUGUCUAACUUACCUGGUAACCUUCAAAGAGAACGUCAUCUCAAAUUUAUUUAGCAAUAGUUAAUAAAGAUGUUAGAAUAUUCCGUUUAAACUAAUUGAAAGUAAAUGCACACUUGUGUGUCUUUCUCUGCAGUCUAACGAUUUUGAAAAUAUGUCUUUGUUUAAAAAAAAUUUUUGAAAGAGACCGUGACUCUUUCAAAGAAUUCAAUAACUAUAAAGCAAAAGCUUCUGAAGCUUAGAAUGAAACAUUACUCGCCAAAUAGAUAUCAAAUCUAUACUCGGAACCCACACGGGGUCUGAUCAUGAAGGAUGAUGGGAGUGUGUUAUAGUUCAGUGGCGGAUCCAGAUCUUCAGAUAAGAGAGAGGUGGGGGGGGGGCAGUCAUCCAGACACUGAGAAAAGGGGGAGUAGUCUCCAAAGAUAUUUUUUCGGCCCUUCGGGCCUCAGUUUGCUCUGAAAAUAAGGGGGGGGGGCGGGCCCCCCUGACCCCUCGCCUGGAUCCGCCACUAUAGUUUGGUCUCCCCAUAUAAGAUAAUCAGGAUUCCGGAUACCUGGGGUUUGGACUCCUGGGAUCCCGAAUUCAGCUCAAGGAAUCUAGGAUCCCAUUAACAAGGAAUCAGAAAUCCAGCAACUGGAAUUAGGAAUUUAAAGUAUAGAAUCCAGAAUCUGUGUAGCUGACUGUCUUGGGUUAAAUUACAUGGGGCUGAGUUUGGAGAGCCGACGUAGGGGUAUUCAAAACGUGCUAUAAUGAAUAGACAUUUUAUAAUAAGAAUGUGUGCCAAUGCUUUUGCAUCUCUUGCUUUUCCCAUACCUAUCCCGGUCCACCACAAACCAUUCCCAGUCAUUUUUCACACCAGACUCCUCAUAUUCCUCUAGGGAGAAGUUACACUGCUGGUCAUUGGCUACCUGCAGUUUUGUAAUAAAUAUCAAUACAUACUCAUGUGUACAAAUCUUCAUUUCUCAACGUCAAUAAUUGGCUUUACGCGGUAACAAGUAUUAAUACAUACGUAUGCUUACAGUCAUAAUUCUCUGCAUUUGUAUUUUCAGACCAGAAUGCAUCGGUGACGGAUGUCGUAACAAUUAUCUACGAAAAGGAAAAUCCAGAAGAUGCGGUUAGUUUAGGUGUAAUACUCAUUUUGAUGGUUCAAUUCAAAUUUAUUUUAGAUUUCUGGAGUAGUAAGACUCGGCUUCUGUUUUGUUUAAGACUUUGUCAAGAAAACGCGCGAACAGCCAGUCGCAUAGCUGUUGUAAUUAAAGCAGAAAUUUUUUUCAUUUGCAUAUAUGUGUCCUUUGUGUUUGUGACGCACAAAAUUUAUUUUCCUUUUCGGUUGGCACUAGCUAUUAUGCUAUCUAUCGUUUUUCAAUGCCAGCGACUUUGGCUACACAAUUGGCACUUAAUACAAUUUUGUGAUAUUUGGCAGACUGAGCAGUGUACUUUUCUUUUAAAUUUGUGUAGAACAAAUCGCAUUCUUAGUUAUCCAAACCUCAUAUUCAAACAGGAACAGCGGGGCACAUAACGUUUUGACUCUCGCCUUAAACACGUUUAGCUGUAUUGUUUUUACAGGAUGCCAUGUUUGUCAUAAGAUUCAGCCUUGUGUUGGCGGUCAGUGUGCGCCACCUUGUGACUGUGACUGUCACUGUUGUCAUAAUAUAUUUGAAGGAGGUUUGUCAAUUGUCAUCCGCAUGAACAUGCAUGUUGUCACAAAUAAAUUGACGACUUAGACAUUGAAUGGUUGCUGAAGAGUAGAGUGUCAUCUCGCUCCACGUAAGGGAGUCCGGGAAAUUUUUGCCUGUGCAAUCCGGAAUCCGAGAAAUUUGAGUUGCGGAAACCAGAAUUCUGGGCUUUGGAAUCCGCAAUACAAUUCUAGGUCACUUGCGAUUAGAAUCCGGAAUCCAAGUUCCAUCGACAAAGAAUCCCAACCUCCAGUACCUGGAAUCCGGAAUCCACGGCGUGGAAUCCAGAAUCCAAGACUGUUUUAAAUUUCCUCACAUGGAGCGAGUCAUCAAUUUCGAACAAAUUCCAGGUUGUAGUUGGUAGCUUCAUCCGGCAGGGUUAAAAUACAGUGAAUUCUGUUACUAUCCACUAUUCCUGCCUUCAAAUAGAUGAUGAUAUUGUGGUUCUAACUUCUCAAAUUUUCUUGAAUGAACCUCGUGGUCUUUUAGACGACACAUUCAUGCAUGAAAAGGCACUGGCAUGUAAUUUAGUCCUGAGUACUUAUUCAUGAUUAAAAGAAAUAACAUCAAUGACACUGUCUCUUCAAGGCUAAGCUGUACAAUGGGAGAUAUUUUCCGGAUUCCUCAAGAAUUCGAAACAUUUUGGUACUAGAUUCGUUUAACCGGUUACACGAAAUAUCAUGCGUGAAUCCGAAAUAAAAACGUUGAUCCAGGCCUGGUGGCGAAUACUUAUUAAUCAAAUAAAUGUUACCAAUCCAAAUAUAAUAAAUGCAGAAGAUCCGGAAAUAUCCCCAUCAGUGUAAGUCUAGCCUGAAUAUCAUGAUAUUGGCAUGCGGCAUGAAAUUGAUGAAGUCCAUAAUACAGUUUGUUAUCAGCGAGUACCACUUUAGAUUACCUUCAACCAUUAACCUUUAGUUUAUAUUAGAUAUUUGUUUAAAGUUUAUGCAUCAGGAUCUUCAAAAAUCUGCUGAAAUUAUUUAAGGAGCACUCUGGUCUUGUAUACUAGCUUUAGUGAUGAAACUGCAUCAAGAUAACAAAUACAUGACUUAUUGUCUUUUUAUUUGAAGAGAAGUAGUCAAUAAAUUUCGUUUAAACACUGGACGAAAUCUCAGGAUAUUUUUAUUUCACACUUACUCAGCCGACGUAUCUAACAUUUCUCUCUAUGUACAUCUUUCCUCCUCCCCCAGUGUCAAGACUUGAGUUUUUUAGAAAUGGGUAAUACUUGAAUUUAUAUUCCGACGGUAGCAACGUAAUAAGUCUUUAACAACGUAACGACUAUUCAGGGUUUCCGUUAAGUUUAGAGUCAUGAAAACUAAGAGCUAAUAAUUUAUUUUUUCUUAUCGUGAUGUAGGUUGUUGGUGUCCAAUCCCUGGUGCAGAAGAAGCAGCACCAAAGAAAAAGCCUGAAGAGCCCUGUUGCUGCCCAUGUUGUUGUCCAUGCUGCCCAAGACCGUGUUGCCAUCAUCAUCACCACCAUUGCUGCUGUCCAUGUUGCCAUUGCUGUCAUUGCUGUCACUGCUGUCACUGCUGUCAUUGUUGCCCUUGCUGUUGCCAUUGCUGCCACCGCAAGAGGUCUCAAGGAGCCUUCUCGCCUUUCUUGGUCAAAAGAACGCUUUAUCAAUUUAAGGACUUUACUGCGGCUAAUCUCUACGCGCAGUCUGUUAACAAUGGACUAGGUUUAACAAACCUUCUUAAUGGACCUUUAAAGAGGCGCUGA